UUUCGUAAUUAUUUGAGCAAAUUUUUUUUAUUGAAAUGCCAUUUUCCUGUGAUUUUGAAGGAUAGAGAUGGUGGAUUUGGCCUGAGGCUAUUCUUCAACGACGAUUAAGUCCAUCCAGGGCCAAUUUGGGCGGAUUUCUUCCGGGUCCAUUUUUGGCAGACUCCAAAGGGGUACCCAUAACAGAUUUCGUGCGAUUUUUCGGAAAUGCAAUUUUCUUUCGAUUUUGGAGGCUACAGAUCAUGGAUUUGGCUCGAGACUAUUCUCCACCGAUAAUAAAGUCUAUUGAUCAUAUUCUACUCCGACGAUUAAGUCAAUUAAGUACCGAAUUGGGCCAACAUAUUUUGGGAUGGCAAUUUCGUAAUUAUUUGAGCAAUUUUUUUUGAAAGGCCAUUUUCCUUGGAUUUUGAAGGAUAAAGGUGGUGGAUUCGGCCACAGCCUAUUCUUCAACGACAAUUAAGUCCAUCCAGGGCCAAUUUGGGCAGAUUUCUUCCAGAUCCAUUUUUGGCAGACUCCAAAGGGGUACCAUCACAGAUUUCAGGCGAUUUUUCCGAAAUGCCAUUUUCUUUCGAUUUUGGAGGCUACAGAUCACGGAUUUGGCUCGAGGCUAUUCUCCACCGAUAAUAAAGUCUAUUGAUCGUAUUUUGCGCCAAUGAUUAAGUCAAUUAAGCACCGAAUUGGGCCAAUAUAUUUUGAGAUGGCAUUUUCGUAAUUAUUUGAGCAAUUUUUUUUUUGAAAGGCCAUUUUCCUUGGAUUUUGAAGGAUAAAGAUGGUGGAUUCGGCCUGAGGCUAUUCUUCAAUGACGAUUAAGUCCAUCCAGGGCCAAUUUGGGCGGAUUUCUUCCGGGUCCAUUUUUGGCAGACUCCAAAGGGGUACCAUCACAAAUUUCAGGCGAUUUUUCCGAAAUGCCAUUUUCUUUCUAUUUUGGAGGCUACAGAUCACGGAUUCGGCUCGAGGCUAUUCUCCACCGAUAAUCAAGUCUAUUGAUCCUAUUCUGCGCCAAUGAUUAAGUCAAUUAAGCACCGAAUUGGGCCAAUAUAUUUUGGGAUCGCAUUUUCGUAAUUAUUUGAGCAAUUUUUUUUUUGAAAUGCCAUUUUCCUUUGAUUUUGAAGGAUAAAGAUCGUGGAUUCGGCCUGAGGCUAUUCUUCAACGACGAUUAAGUCCAUCCAGGGCCAAUUUGGGCGGAUUUCUUCCAGGUCCAUUUUUGGCACACUCCAAAGGGGUACCAUCACAGAUUUCGGGCGAUAUUUCCGAAAUUCCAUUUUCUUUCGAUUUUGGAGGCUACAGAUCACGGAUUCGGCUUGAGGCUAUUCUCCACCAAUAGUAAAGUCUAUUGAUCCUAUUCUGCGCCGAUGAUUAAGUCAAUUAAGCACCGAAUUGGGUCAAUAUAUUUUGGGAUGGCAUAUUCGUAAUUAUUUGAGCAAAUUUUUUUUUUGAAAGGCCAUUUUCCUUGGAUUUUGAAGGAUAAAGAUGGCCGAUUCGGCCUGAGGCUAUUCUUCAACGAUGAUUAAGUCCAUCCAGGGCCAAUUUGGGCGGAUUUCUUCCGGGUCCAUUUUCGGCAGACUCCAAAGGGGUAACAUCACAGAUUUCGGGCGAUUUUUCCGAAAUGCCAUUUUCUUUCGAUUUUGGAGGCUACAGAUCACGGAUUCGGCUCGAGGCUAUUCUCCACCAAUAGUAAAGUCUAUUGAUCCUAUUCUGCGCUGAUGAUUAAGUCAAUUAAGCACCGAAUUAGGUCAAUAUAUUUUGGGAUGGUAUUUUCGUAAUUAUUUGAGCAAUUUUUUUUGAAAGGCCAUUUUCCUUGAAUUUUGAAGGAUAAAGAUGGUGGAUUCGGCCUGAGGCUAUUCUUCGACGACGAUUAAGUCCAUCCAGGGCCAAUUUGGGCGGAUUUCUUCCGGGUCCAUUUUUGGCAGACUCCAAAGGGGUACCAUCAUAGAUUUCAUGCGAUUUUUCCGAAAUGCCAUUUUCUUUCUAUUUUGGAGGCUACAGAUCACGGAUUCGGCUCGAGGCUAUUGUCCACCGAUAAUCAAGUCUAUUGAUCCUAUUCUGCGCCGAUGAUUAAGUCAAUUAAGCACCGAAUUGGGCCAAUAUAUUUUGGGAUCGCAUUUUCGUAAUUAUUUGAGCAAUUUUUUUUUGAAAUGCCAUUUUCCUUUGAUUUUGAAGGAUAAAGAUGGUGGAUUCGGCCUGAGGCUAUUCUUCAACGACGAUUAAGUCCAUCCAGGGCCAAUUUGGGCGGAUUUCUUCCGGGUCCAUUUUUGGCAGACUCCAAAGGGGUACCAUCACAGAUUUCGGGCGAUAUUUCCGAAAUUCCAUUUUCUUUCGAUUUUGGAGGCUACAGAUCACGGAUUCGGCUCGAGGCUAUUCUCCACCAAUAAUAAAGUCUAUUGAUCCUAUUCUGCGCCGAUGAUUAAGUCAAUUAAGCACCGAAUUGGGCCAAUAUAUUUUGGGAUGGCAUUUUCGUAAUUAUUUGAGCAACUUUUUUUUGAAAGGCCAUUUUCCUUGGAUUUUGAAGGAUAAAGAUGGUGGAUUCGGCCUGAGGCUAUUCUUCAACGACGAUUAAGUCCAUCCAGGGCCAAUUUUGACGGAUUUCUUCCGGUCCAUUUUUGGCAGACUCCAAAGGGGUACCAUUACCGAUUUCGGAAGAUUUUUCCGAAAUGCCAUUUUCUUUCUAUUUUGGAGGCUACAGAUCACUGAUUCGGUUCGAGGCUAUUCUCCACCGAUAAUAAAGUCUAUUGAUCAUAUUCUACGCCGAUGAUAAAGUCAAUUAAGCACCGAAUUGGGCCAAUAUAUUUUGGGAUGGCAUUUUCGAAAAUAUUUGUGCAAUUUUUUUUGAAAGGCCAUUUUCCUUGGAUUUUGAAGGAUAAAGAUGGUGGAUUUGGCCUGAGGCUAUUCUUCAACGACGGUUAAGUCCAUCCAGGGCCAAUUUGGGCGGAUUUCUUCUGGGUCCAUUUUUGGCAGACUCCAAAGGGGUACCAUCACAGAUUUCGGGCCAUUUUUUCGAAAUGCCAUUUUCUUUCGAUUUUUGAGGCUAUGGAUCACGGAUGCGGCUCGAGGCCAUUCUCCACCUAUAACAAAGUCUAAUGAUCCUAUUCUGCGCCGAUGAUUAAGUCAAUUAAGCACUGAAUUGGGCCAAUAUAUUUUGGGAUGGCAUUUUCGUAAUUAUUUGAGCCAUUUUUUUUUGGAAGGCCAUUUUCCUGGGAUUUUGAAGGAUAAAGAUUGCGGAUUCGGCCUGAGGCUAUUCUUGAACGACGAUUAAGUCCAUCCAGGGCCAAUUUGGGCCGAUUUCUUCCAGGUCCAUUUUUGGCAGACUCCAAAGGGGUACCAUCACAGAUUUCGGAUGAUAUUUCCGAAAAGCCAUUUUCUUUCUAUUUUGGAGGCUACUGAUCACGGAUUUGGCUGGAGGAUAUUCUCCCCUGAUAAUAAAGUCUAUUGAUCCUAUUUUGCGCUGAAGAUUAAGUCAAUUAAGCACCGAAUUGGGCCAAUAAAUUUUGGGAUGGCAU